CAGGAAGUGAUAGAAUUUAGCUUUAGCAUGAAGAAUUAGCACAGCUUUCCUGGGAGAAGUUGAUGGAGCUGCCUGCAACAAACAGUAGAAUGGAAAAGGUGAUCAGCUGCUUCAGGAAGAGGCCAGACGCUGUGGCCCGACUCAUCUGUUUCCCUUGGGCGGGUGGAGGCUCCAUACACUACGCCCGCUGGGGGAACGUCCUCCACAGCUCCAUAGAAGUGUUGUCUGUCAGACUUCCCGGCAGAGAGAGCCGAUCCAGAGAGCCGUUCCAUCAGAGCCUGCAGCAGGUUGUGGACGAGGUCGUUGCUGCGCUGGUACCGCUGCUGAAAGAGAAGCCCUUCGCUCUGUUUGGACACAGUUUUGGUGCCUUCACCAGUUUUGCUGUGGCAGAAGCUUUGAAGAGAGUGCAUAACCUGGAACCUGUGCACAUCUUCCUGUCUGGUGCCUCUGCACCUUACUCAGAGACGCGUAUCAAAGCCCCAAAGAGAAGCAACCUAUCAGAUGAGGAUUUCCUGCAGUGGAUGAUUUCGAUUGGAGGAACUCCUCCUGAGCUGCUGGCCAACCCGGAGGUUCUGAAGCUCUUCCUCCCUGCGCUGAAGGCCGACCUGCACGUUGUGGAGAACUACAGGUACAACAAGCCAGAACAUCCAUUCCUCUCCUGCCCGCUCACCUGUUUUGAUGGAAAGGACGACAUUCCUCAUGACUUACAAGCGUGGAAAAGCAUCACUUCAGGAGAUUUCACCAUCAGGAUGCUGGAUGGAUCCCAUUUCUACCUGAAGGAUUCUGGGAAUGAAAAGAUCAUUUUAGACUACGUCACAAAGCAGGUGGAAACAUCAGAAAUGGACUAUUUAUAAUGAAAUCUGUGUAAAUCUUUUUUUUAUUAAAUAAUUGUAUAAAAAAAUAUUUCUGGAUACAUAUGAGAAGUGUAAUAUUGUGUGGUAAAUGAAUUUGACUGAAUGUUUGGUAAAUAUUAAAGGGUGAUUCAUUAAAACGUAAUUGUUGAUCCAUAAGUGUUUUACUAAUAUUGUUAAUGUAUGGGUAAGAGUCGCGUGUUUUUUUAAAAAAUAACCUUAAUUUCACGUAUUAGGUAUUUAUAUGAUGUGUUAAUUCUAGUUAUCUGUUGGAUUUAAAUAUGCCAGAUUUAGCUCAAAAAGCUUUUUUUAUCAGCAGUUAUAAUACAAACAAGAGAAGAGCCGCCCAUGUUUUACUUUUUUAUUGAUAAAUGAAUUAAUCAAUGAUUAUUGAUUUAUCAAAUCAGCUGUGGAUACAUUUUUGACAAAUUAUUUCACAUAUACACAAUGUUACUGACUAUACAAAUAUUUUAUUUUAAUUUGUUCAAUCUAUAGUUAAAAUGCAUUCAAUUCAAAGUAGUCAGUAAAAGUGUUCUGUGCUGGAGGAAUAUAUAAUAUACAGUAUUUGUCAGUUUGCUUAGGCACAGAUGUGUGAAUAAAUAUAAUAUGUCUUUAUCAUACAUGUGACAUUUUUACAAUGGUGUUAUUCAAGUUUAAUAUUCAACCUCAGGCACUGUUCCGUAUGGAAGCCCUAAACGGCCAUCUUCAAACAUUUUAUAAACCAUGUUUUCCUGUAAUAACAAAUUCAAUAAAUUGUAUUCCCAAGUUUGAAAA